AUGUCCCGCCCCCAGGUCAGCAUCGACCGUCUCACUCCCCGUCGCGUCCAUGCCGAACCCCGUGAAUCAAUGAACUGCAAGUCCUGCAGAAAGCGAAAGAUCAAAUGUAAUCGUCUACGUCCCAGCUGCGAGGCCUGCAAGGUCUUCCAAUGUCCAUGCAUCUAUGACGCCGUUCCUAAAAAGCGGGGACCCAAAACCGAUGUCCUGGAGGCCUUGUUAAAACGUGUUGACGGGCUGGAAAAGCGCCUCCAGGAAGACUCGCCGAUUUCCCCGACCUCGGCUACCUCUCCCAUUAAAUCCUUGGACCAGCAACUGCUGCCGUCCGCCUCGACGCCAUUCCACUUUCCCCCGGCGCCUCAUGGCUUUCCCCCACCCCCGCAAUCGCAGCCGCAGCAACACCGGCUGCCCGAUGCCAUGCUGGACAACUACUUUGCUCGGCUGCAUGGGAAGCCGUAUUGGAUUCUGGAUGAAACGGCGACUCGUCAACGGCAUCAGCAUGGACAAUUACCGGUGCAUCUGUCUAUGGCGAUUUAUGCCCUAACCCUAAGAUAUACUACGCCGAAUCCUCCGCAAGGCAGCCUGGAGUAUGCUCGGCAGGCAAGACGGCUGGUCGAUAUUGACAACCCGUCCAUCGAAGGGACCCAGUCUCUGCUGUUGCUCUGUCAUACCUUUUUCGCCUACGGGUGUGGCAAAACAGCCUACAUGGUAUUAGCCAAUGCGGUGUCCAUGACACUGGCGCUGGACUUGUAUCGCGAAGCACCCGCAGCGCUGCCUGCCGCAGAACGUGAGAUGCGACGGCGAUUGUUCUGGACCGUCUAUGUGAUGGAUCGCUUUCUCACCUGUGGCUCCAAGCGACCGUGUCUUAUUGCCGACCAUUCCAUCGUCCUGCGUCUUCCGGGCAGCGGGUCUGAAACGGGCGAAUGGUUUAACCCGGUUGGCCCUAAUAUCCAUUACUCCCCUGACCGUCGCAAAGGCCCUGGUGGCCCGGCUCUCUUGGUCGACAUUACGCGCAUUUUGGGUGUCACGCAUCGCUACCUCGCCGCGGGGGGCGUCAAAGGCGAUUCGCAUUUUCCCUGGCACGCCCUCUCCAACCUAUCCAAGAUCCGCCAGGAACUCGACCUCUGGGCGGCCGGCACACAAGAUCUGUUCGCAUCGAUCGAGACUCUAUUCGGCCAUCCGGAGAGCACGCUGCUGCUUUUGAGCAAGCUCAUCUACCACCUCGUGCACUGUCUACUCUAUCGGCCCUUCCUUCCCAUCGACCUGGUCGAGCUGCGCGGUACCGGACAGCAUCAGUCGUGGCAGAUCGAGGCGACAACGCUCUGUUUCUCGCAUGCCAAUGCCAUCGCCGAGCUGGUGGAGCUAGCCCGACAUGCGCCACGCAUCGAGUGGCCCGCCCUGGUAGCAUACUGCGUGUGCACGGCUGGCACCGUACACGUACACGGAGUUCACUACCACGGGCGCGAGGGAGAAGUGUUUGCGUCGAGCGCAGACUUUCUCGCGCGCGAGAUGCACCAGCUGUCGUGGCUACGGCAGUACUGGGCGGGGGUGCAGCACCAGCGGGAGAUGCUGCAAAGUAUUUCAGGAUGCCAUGCCGAGCUGGUGCGGACAAUGGCAGCGCGACCGGUGCGGUUUGCCCCGGUGUUCCAUCUAGAGGACUUCCUGGACCGGUAUCCGGGGCUAGCCGUGGAUGGGGCGCAUUUGCGAUUAGUGGACGGAGACGAAUUACCACUUGACCGACCCGAUUUCAACAGACUUAUGUACCCGCCCGCAUCGACUCUACCUUCCCAAGGCCGAGGAUCCAUCAGCUUCCAACCAUCGCCAACAUGGCCACAACCCGAGCUCGCCCUGCCAGAGAGCAGUCUAGGCUUCUCACCAGGAGUGAGCAACUCCCCUGCACCGUUUCUCUCCGACCCAUUCACUGCACCGACACCGCCCGCACAGCCCCAGUACGCGACGUUUCCGUUUGAAGCCACGCCGGGCGGACCGGCACUGACGCCGGACGCCCCGUCACAGGGCAGCUCCAGCGCCACUGCAACAGCAGCAGGAGCUGCAACAGGCACAGGCGAAGGCGAAAAAGACCCGUUUCUGAGUCUGCUGGAGCAGCUGGCAGAAAACGAGCAUUCGCAAGGCGGACCCAGCGAGCUGGACUUUUUCCUCGGAGAGGGGCUAGAUAUGGUGAUGCCUGAGGUGGAGGUGGAGAAUCCGUAA